UACUAUUUGGCUGAUAUAUUUAUUUUGUAGUUAAGUCUUGUUAGUUGAAUGCGAUCUGUUUUACAAUUGAUUCGGAAUAUGUUUUCCAACCCAAAGAAGCUCGUUGUGGUGCUGGGAGCAACUGGAGCCGGGAAGUCUAAGUUAGCGUUAGAGAUUGCCACCCGUUGCAAUGGUGAAAUAAUUAGUGUUGAUUCAAUGCAAGUUUACAAAGGUCUUGACAUCGUCACUAACAAAGUCACCAAAGCAGAGCAAGAGAUGUGUCCGCAUCACAUGAUUGGAUUCCUUGAGCCAAAAGAUCAGUUUACGAUUGUUGAUUUUCAGGAGCAAACACUUAAAAUUAUAUCUGAAAUACAAGGAAGAAAUAAGACUCCAAUUUUAGUUGGUGGAACCAAUUACUAUGUGCAGUCCAUAUUGUGGGACUUCCUGUUGAAAACUGAAACCAAUUCUGAAUUUUCUGAUAAGAAUGAAAAAGAGAGACAAAAAAUGUAUGAUUUGCCUAACUCCGAACUUUACCAAAUGUUGGUGGAUGUGGAUCCAAAAUCCGCGGAAGUUAUUCAUCCGAAAAAUAAACGAAAAGUUAUUCGAGCAAUUGAGGUUUACAACCAAACAGGGAAACCACAGAGCAGGUUACUGGAAGAACAGACACAGCAAUAUGGUGGUAGUCUCGGUGGUGUACUUCGUUUUCCCAAUGCUUGUGUGUUGUGGGUGCAAUGUGAUGCAGAGGUUCUUGAAGAAAGAGUUCGCAAACGUGUUGACAAGAUGGUUCAACGUGGUUUGCUAAAAGAACUGAAGGAUUUUCAUGAAGAAUUCAACAAAGAAAGAUUCGUAAAAGGUAUGGCCCCUGAUUAUGAGCACGGGAUAUUUCAAAGCAUUGGAUUCAAAGAAUUCCAUAACUAUCUUACUGCUGAUGAAUCUGUUAAUGAAGCAAUGAAAGACAAAAUGUUAAAAGAGGCGACUGAACAAAUGAAACUUGCUACGUGGAAAUAUGCAAAAUACCAAAUCAAGUUUAUUUCAAGACGCAUAGUAAAUAGAUCUAACACAAUACCUGUGUAUCCCCUUGAUGCCACUAAACCAGAACUAUGGGAAGAAAAAGUUUUAAAUCCGGCUUUAAAAGUACUGACAACAUGCAAUGUACAUGAUUUCGGAAACAUCAUACCUGAACAGACACUGACAGUUGCACAACUGUUGAAUUCAAAUAAGCUUGACACAGAAGGAAAAAUUCUUCAAACCUGUAACCAUUGUGAUGGAAUAAUGGUGGCAAAACACAAUUUGGAAAGUCACCUUCAGUCUAAACGCCAUAAGCACAACUAUGGUAAAUGGAAAAAGAGUUUGUCUGAAACAAGCAAUAUAUUGGAAGAAAGGCAACAACAACUAUCCUCUGUGGAUUCAACAGAAACUGAAGAAAAUUUCUUAACCAAAGCAUCCACUACUUGACCAAAAUGUUUAAUUUUGCUUGUCUCAUCAUCAUACUUGUUUUCCACUAAAUCAUGUUUUAUUUAGUGAUGCGUAAAAUGAAACUUUUACUGGUUAUCGAUUGCAAAACACAUCAAACAAAAACAAAUGCUGGAUCCUGGGCACUGUUGGCAAAGAUUAUGAAAACAACGAUUUUGUUCGAACAUUUUGAACUGAAACUUUGUAUGAGCACCUUACACACAAAAAACUAAAAGCAUUUUUGUUUAAACACUUCCCCACCCUGAGUCUACUAACUUCUUCUUAGAACGUCUUUGUACAAGGAAAAGUAAAAUGUUUGUUUUGUUAUUGUUGCUAUCAAGUGGUGCCGCACACAGAUGCACUUUAUAAGUGUCAAUGAUAAUGAAUAGGCUCCACAACAUG